AUAUUUGAACGCCUGUUUCUAUAGGGUGCGGAAAUCUUAAGUUAGCUGAUAUUGCAAUUUUUUUUAUCGUGAUUUAAAACUUUUAAUGUUUAAAAUUUAAACAUUAAUGUAUUGAGAUAGGAUAUUAAAAACUUUUGUUAUUUAUUGUGUGUCUCACGCGUGGAGAUGAAUCCUUAGUUAAGGCAUUGUUUAUCCCUACAAGCAGGGCAGACUAAUCUGUAGGGCUGAAGGCGGAUUGCAGGAUUUUGACGGAUAGCCAAGCAGAACAGAUCACCCCACCACUUCCAUAUUCAGGUUUCAUCCAUUUUCCAGAUUCAGCACACUGGUAAUGCAAACUUAAGGUUAUACAGCAUGGCAAAGAGCAAGUUUGAGUAUGUUAAGCAGUUUGAAUCAGAGGACAAACUAUUGCCGAACUGUUGGAUCGUGGUUAGAAUCGAUGGAAAAGGAUUUCACAGGUUUUCUGAUGUGCACAACUAUAUAAAGCCAAACGAUGAUCGAGCACUAGACUUGAUGUCAAAAGCGGCUGAAACUGUGAUGGAGGAGUUUAAAGACAUUGUCCUAGCGUACGGUCAGAGUGAUGAAUACAGCUUUGUAUUUAAAAAGACAACGAAUGUCUACAAUAGAAGGGCAAGUAAACUAGCAACGAAUGUGGUGAGCCUGUUUGCUUCAUCUUUUGUGUAUUUCUGGCCGAGGUAUUUUGGGACUACUAUGAUGCAAUAUCCACCAGCAUUUGACUCCAGAACUGUUCUAUAUCCAACAGAUAAAAAUCUCCGUGACUACCUCAGUUGGAGACAAGCAGAUUGUCACAUAAACAACCUGUAUAACACAUGUUUUUGGAAGCUUAUACAAGAAAAGGGUCUGACCCCAGCAGAGUCGCAGGAAAGAUUGAAGGGGACAAUGUCCAGUGACAAAAAUGAGUUAUUGUUUAAGGAGUUUGAAAUCAACUACAAUAAUCUACAUGCUCUACACAGAAAAGGAACAAUUCUCAUAAGGGCAACUAAGGGCAUUGAAAAUGGUGAUCUUGACCUAUCACUUCAACUUCACCUCUCAGGGUCAUCAACAAGCAGAAGUCAGAGUGCACGAGGUCACGGGCGUGGAAUGGACUCGAGGAGAAGCCCACAAAUGAGUAGAAAAUUAACCAGGCCUAAUAUAGAUAGACUUCAUGUUGAUUUGAUAGGAGAACAGUUUUGGACUGAUUAUCCAGAUAUUUUAAAUCCACCUAAAAGAUAGAAGACAAAUUAAAUCCACCUGAAAGAUAGAAGACAAAUUAAAUCCACCUAAAAGUUAGAAGACAAAAAAGCAUUAGAGGACCUAGUACAGUCUUUAAAUCAACUAAUGGCAAGGUUGCAUUACGAGACUGAUUUCAAAGCUCCUAACGUAUCUCAGGAUCCAGGGUAGAAUGUUAACAGACAAAAGGAUUGUAAUAUUUAAAAAAUGACCACAUUACUGUAUGAGCCGCACCAUGAGAAAACCAACAUAGUGGCUUUGCGGCCAGCAUGGAUCCAGACCAGCCUGCGCAUCCGCGCAGUCUGGUCAGGAUCCAUGUUGUUCGCUAACUGUUUCUCUAUUUGCAAUAGACUUUGAAAGCGAACAGUAUGGAUUCUGACCAGACUGCACGAAUGCACAGGCUGGUCUGGAUCCAUGCUGGUCGCAAAGCCACUAUGUUUGUUUUCUCAUGGCGCAGCUCAUAUGUUUGAUUUGAUGAAAGAGUUAUUUGAGCUUACUUGAUUUGAAGUUAUUUUCAGUUUACUGUUGGCUUGCGUUUGAUAAAAUAUUGAUUUGAUGGAAGGUUUUGACUGUGAUAUUUAUGCAUAUGUAAUGUGUAUUUUAUAUGUCAGGAUUAAGUUAUGUUGUCUUGUAAAGUAAGAGUUGUAUACAUCAAUGUAAUAGUGUUUAUAUCCUUUUGCCAGGAUCUUUUUACUACAUACAGGCCUUGAAAAUAUUUAUAAAUUUAGAAAUACUAAGAGGUAAGAUGUACUUUAGCGCCACCAUUGCUAAAUCUGCAAGAGGUCAAAAAUGAUUCCUUUUCAUUCAAAAUGGAGAACAAGAGAGAAAAUUUUGUUGCAUUUAAAACUAUCCAUCUUGUUAAGUUUUUAAGAAGUUGCUUGCUUUUGAAUGUUUUUUACAUUUUACAAUUUGCAGUUUGGGAAACGUUUUAUGGGGUGAAUAAGUGAGGUUUGUUAGUCUAUUGAAGCUGAAUAUUUAUAUUGGUGUCAGUGCUAUACUUUUAAUUCUAAUUUGACAAGCCAUGUCUGGUUUUAAUAAUACAUGAUAACGGUGAGUCGAUGACCACAUGGACAUACAUAUACAGGGACCAUUCGAUUGGUGCUACUAUUUUUAUCUUCAAAAUAAUAUGGAGCAGAAGCAUGUUUUAAUUUAUUUAAACAUGUAAAUUGGAUUUACGCAGCAUGGAAUCAUUCACUGAGGUUAUGUCCUGAUGAAAUUAUUCAACUGAACAUGCAGCCUCUUCAACCUUUACCAUGCUAAAUUUCUAAAAUGGACUAGUCAUCAAAUUAAUUUGGGUGGUACCACUACUUAUCCAAAGGUAUGUUAACUGAAAAUUUACUGACUGAAUAGCAAACAGUGCAGACCAUGGUCAGCCUGCAUAGACGUGCAGGCUGAUCUUGGUCUGCUCUGGGUGCAAAGGCAAAGGCAGAACCAUUUGCCGCCACCAGCAGGCUAAAGGUUAAUGUGUUUAGAUUUAUUGAAACACCCUUCUGCUAUAUGAAUCUUCAUAAAUGUAUAUAUGUUUCGGCCUUUGCUACCAGUGCAAGAUGAUCCUCACAGGUCUGCACUGUUCGCUAUUCAGUCAGUAAAUUUUUACUUAGCCUCUAGUAAUAAAUGGUAUUGCCUAAAUUGAAUGAUGGACCGAUGUUAGCUGGUUAAAUGUUAAAUGAAAUUGUGCUCAGUCCGUUGCAAUUCAAGAUACUUAGUUUCAGCUGUAGUUUUAAUGAAUUGGUUAAGUUAUUAUAUACUUUUAUUUAGGUUCCACUUGGCCAGUAAUAGAAGCCUCACUCUGUAAAUAUGUAUCAUUAAAAAAACCUCAGAAAUGCAAUCAAAAUUUUGUUACAUGUGACUGUAUUGUAACAAUGCAAUAUUAUAUCAAUAAAUGUUAUAUGAUGUA